AGACAAUACAAAAGGGGAAAAAAAUAAAAACUUAACUGACUUUAUAGCCAGUGUUUGGACACAUGAGUCAAGGUUUCAAAAUACCAUAUUUUUAAGGGAAUAGCAAUGUAUUUAAACGGGAAUCCUUUGAAAUGGAUAAUAUUAGCACACGUAGCCUACUAUGAAAAUGACUCCGAAGUGGUAAAACAAAAUGAACGUACUUAUACCGAUGACCCACGACAAGUGCAAAAGUAAAGGCAUCGUGCGUUUUUCAUCUCGUCACAUGUGUUAACUGCACUAAUCAUAUACGUUUUAAACUGGAGAAAUUUGUAAAUGGCGUUAGAUGGAGAACAAGCCUCACUGCUUACAAAGUAGGGAGUAACAAUGGGGUGUACAGAUAUAAAGUCAAUAUAACGCUACAGUGAUGCACAGUCUUUCCCCUAUUCAAGAUCUCGUUAUUAUUGUGCGUUUAAUUUGUGUUCCGACGCGAUGUGGGACAAUGGGAACAGAACUCAGUUACCCAUCAAUGCGUUCUUUGAGAAGAAACUAAUCUUAUGCUGUCUGCCUCCCUUUAAGUCAAUACAGGUAUAAUUAUCAUUCCUGCUUUAAAAGCAUCUUAAAGGGACGGAUGCAGGCUGUGCGUUUCGGUGGCGGCUCUGACAUCUUCGCUGGGGAGCGCUGAGUUGCUUGAGUCAAGACUGCGCUGCAGCUAAAAGCAAAGGCUGUAAUCACGCGUGUGUGAAAGGACAGAGCAAAAGAGAAAGGGGGAGAGAAAGAGGGAGAGAGAGAGAGAAAUCACAGCAAUCACAAAGGAAACUGGCAGUUUGUACAAGGUUAUCACUGGACUUUGCUAUAUUUCCAACUUUGAAGCAUUUAUUGGCAUCCGUUUUGCUGGGAUAUACGCGGAGCAGAGGAUCUGUUUUACAUUUAAUUCCUAUUUUGAGAGUACGAAGACCACUCAGCAGAAAGAUCAAGCAGCCCCACACAGUGCUAUAUAAUAACUGCUCGGGAAACAGGUCCUAGUAACGCCAUCUUACCAUUCUGGCUCUGUAGCACAUUUCGACGCAUCUGUAUUGAAGGCAGUUUCCCUUCUACUGGUCCUCGAGAAGGAACAGUCAAGCAAAACGUUCCCAGCUAUCAUCUCCUGGCAUCAUAUUUUUUUGGGGGUGGUGACUUUUUCCCAUCAAGGCCCCAAUGAGGCUGUGUAACCCGCAGAUCUACAGUGUGGUGGGCAUGGUGAUACUGUUCCUCUACCCAUGGGACAUUGGAUGCUUGGGCCUGAGCUCUGGUUCCGGUCCCCUGACCCAUCGCCUCCAGGCCUCGGGGAUCACCGGCACGGCCAUGCGGAGACAGAAGCGGAGCUGGGUGUGGAACCAGUUCUUUGUUCUGGAGGAGAAUAUGGGCAGCGACCCACUCUAUGUGGGCAAGCUUCACUCAGACAAAGAUAACGGGGACGGCAAUGUGAAGUACGUGCUGUCUGGAGAAGGAGCUUCCUCUAUCUUCGUCAUCGACGAGAGUACCGGAGACAUUCACGCUACCAAGAGGCUUGACCGGGAGGAACAGGCCUAUUACACCCUACGAGCUGAGGUCCUGGACCGGGACACGAACCGUCCUCUGGAGCCUGAGUCCGAAUUCAUCGUUAAAGUUCAGGACAUCAAUGACAACGAGCCGAAGUUCCUGGACGGGCCUUACACUGCUAUGGUUCCGGAGAUGUCCCCACUUGGGACGUCCGUGUUGCAGGUAGCGGCGACGGAUGCAGACGACCCUACGUAUGGAAACAGCGCCAGGGUCGUCUACAGCAUCCUUCAAGGGCAGCCGUAUUUCUCAGUGGAGCCCAAGACAGGCAUAAUCAGGACAGCCCUCCCCAACAUGGAUCGGGAGACGCGGGACCAGUAUGUGCUGGUGAUCCAAGCCAAGGACAUGGUCGGCCAGAUGGGGGGGCUAUCCGGCACCACGUCGGUCACCAUCACCCUAACGGAUGUCAACGACAACCCACCUCGCUUCUCCAGAAGCCAUAUUGAGUUCCACAGCAUGAAGUGUAGGGAGAACUGCAUCGAUUUUGCAUGCAGCAGGAACAAAAUUGAGUCCUCCCAGUACACUGUACAGGAAUCCCUGCCCAUAGAAUCCGUAGUAGCCAAGAUAAAAGCCGUCGAUGCCGACCUGGACUCCAACGCAGAAAUGGACUUCAGAAUUAUGGAUGGGGAUAGCCAAGGGACUUUUAAGAUCUCGACUGACCAAGACACACAGGAGGGAGUCAUAACUCUUCAAAAGCCUCUUGACUUUGAGACGAAGGCCAGCUACGCGCUAAAGAUCGAGGUGACGAACCGGAACAUCGACCCGCAGUUUCUGAGCUUGGGCCCAUUCAGCGACAUAGCGACGGUGCGGGUGACCGUGGCGGACGUGGAUGAGCCGCCCGUCUUCACCUCGCCUCUCAACAAGAUGGUGGUCUCCGAGGCCGCCAAGGUGGGCACCAUCAUCGGCAGUGUGUCUGCGCACGACCCAGACACUGCUACUAGUGCCAUCAGGUAUUCCAUAGACCGCAAUACAGACCUGGAGAGGUACUUCAAUAUCGACGCUACAACUGGAGCUAUAAGUACAGCAAAACUACUGGACAGAGAAGUGAAUGCAGUGCACAACAUCACUAUCUUGGCGAUGGAGAGUCACGAUCCAUCUCAAGUUGGGAAAGGCAUUGCCCUGGUCACAGUGAUGGACGUCAACGACAACGCGCCCAUGUUCGCCAUAGAGUACGAGACCUUACUCUGUGAGAGUGCCAUCCCUGGAGAGAUCAUCCAGACCAUCAGUGCGGUGGACAAAGACGAGCCCCUGAGUGGACACCGCUUCCUCUUCGGCCUGACUACUACCGCUACUGGCAACCUUAACUUCACCCUCAGAGACAACAAAGACAACACGGCGUCCAUCAUGACCAAGCGUGGCGGGUUCAGCCGGCGGGAGCAGGCCCUGUACCAGCUGCCCAUCCUCAUCAGGGACAGCGGCAGCCCGUCGCUGAGCAGCACCAACACGCUCUCCAUCCGCGUUUGCCACUGCGACCCCGACGGUGUGACCCAGUCCUGCAGCGCCGAAGCCUUCAUGCUCUCCGCGGGGCUCAGCACCGGCGCGUUUGUCGCCAUUCUUGCAUGCGUCCUCACCCUGUUGGUGUUUGUCUUGCUGAUUGUGACGAUGCAGCGACGAAGGAAGGAGCCCCUGACCCUGGAGGAAGAGCGAGAUGUCCGUGAGAACAUUGUGCGCUAUGACGACGAGGGAGGGGGAGAGGAGGACACAGAAGCCUUCGACAUGGUGGCCCUACGCAACCUCAAUGUCAUCCAAGAUCCCAAAGCCCGCCGGGACGUGUCCCCUGACUUGCCCACCCUCUUCACCUCGCGGCUCGCGUACAAGACCCUACCGGACAAUGUCAUCUUCCGAGAGUUCAUCUGGGACCGGCUGAAGGAUGCCGAUGUGGACCCGUCGGCUCCCCCGUAUGACUCCCUCCAAACAUACGCCUUCGAGGGUAGCGGCUCGGUGGCAGAGUCCCUCAGCUCGCUGGAGUCGUUGAGCAUAGACUCCGACCAGAACUAUGACUAUCUCAGCGAAUGGGGACCGCAGUUCAAGAAGCUAGCUGACCUGUACGGCAGCAGCGAGGGCAGGAAUUUGUUCUCUUAGCCCCAUUUUCAAACACUCCCUUUUUCGACUGACUGCAGAAUUUGAAUCCCACGAGGGGGAAGCUAACAUGAAACUACUACCGAAAAAAAAAAAACGAAGAUGGGGGAAACAUCCAGCAGAAGACAUUUGAAUGAUGUAUUUAACGAUUUUCUGUGCUAUUUACGUGGAUGCUCAAAGAGAAGCUUUGGACGUGUUGACUAUGAUGAAAACGAUGAUUAAAAAAGGAAGCAAUUAAGGCAAAGACUUAAGCUAGACGUUGUGGUGAGAAUUAGCCUGGGACAUUGCCAAGCUGACAGAUUAGGCUGAACCCUGUGUAGUGGCAUCGGUUCCCUCAUUUUACAGCUGGCCAAAGUGCCAGCAUAAGUGUUGUUCGCUAAAUGCUAGAAUGCUAAUUACUGCUUUUUUUGUCCUCAAAAUGAUAAGACUUUAUUUCAAAGUGUUUUUUUUAAUUUCUUUUGUGGCUAGUCAGUGCAAGGGCAGUUUAAUCAGUUCAGUGAUCAUUAAAGUGUUCACAAUCA